GUCCUGCCUGGAGUGUAGAACCAAGUCAGCUUCAACUUUACAACAGUGAGAAGGCAAUGAUUUACAAUGCGCGCUGUCACUCCUGUUUCAUGGCAAAAUCGGUCAACUCUCGAAAGUUAAUCUGUGCAGUUAUUUGAGUUUCGCUCAAGAUAAGUUUUUAGCUGUUCUCUUUUUGGAAAAGUUACAGACACAGUUGGGUAGAUAUGCACGUUGUUAUAUUAGCUAGUGUGUCUUUCCCGAAACAGCAGAAAGAAGAGUACACUUUUCGGAGAUUACAAUAGUUAUAUUGUAAUAGUUAUAGCCAUAUUGUUGGGAGAAAAUACAUUCACAAUAAUUUAACAACUUCUUCGAAGUUACUUUUGGAAGAAUUUACUUUUGGAAGUUGGAUGAUUUGAGGUUUCAAGUUUCGUUCUGAAGAAAACUUUGCAUUGAUUUUGGCUCUUUGAAUCUUUUAUAGACAUUUUUUCUCGAGCAAAUACGUUUUGUAUCGUUUUUGGAAUAACCAUGGAUCCCAGCCAGCACAACCCUCCAGCCGGUCACCAGAUAGUCCAUGUCCGGGGAGACUCGGAGACGGAUCUGGAGGCCCUUUUCAACGCUGUUAUGAACCCGAAAAACACAAUCGUCCCUGCCUCCGUCCCCAUGAGGAUGAGAAAGCUCCCCGAUUCCUUCUUCAAACCGCCUGAGCCAAAGUCCCACUCCAGACAAGCUAGCACAGAUGCAGUUACGGCUGGUGCCCUCGCCCCCCACCAUGUGCGUGCCCACUCAUCUCCGGCCUCUUUACAGCUAGGGGCAGUGUCACCCCUGUUGGGCAUGGUCCCCGCGGGCGCGCCUCCAUCAAACCUCCGACAGUCGUCCUAUGAGAUCCCAGAUGACAUGCCCUUGCCCCCGGGUUGGGAGGUGGCUCAGACCCCCUCUGGACAGAGAUACUUCCUCAACCAUCUGGACCAGUCGACCACCUGGCUGGACCCUCGUAAGGCCCUCCUACAGAUGAACCAGGCCCCUCCCACCAGCCCUGUACCAGUCCAGCAGCAGAACAUCAUGAGCCCAGCUAGUGGUCCUCUCCCUGAUGGCUGGGAACAGGCCGGCACCUCUGAGGGAGAGAUCUACUACAUCAACCACAAGAACAAAACCACCUCCUGGCUCGACCCACGCCUCGAGCCGUGCUACAGCCUGAACCAGCAGCGUAUCACCCAGAGUGCUCCUGGUAAGCAGGGGAGCCAGCUGCCUUCCAGCCCACAAAGUGGAGGAGUCAUGGGGGGCAGCAACCAGAUAAAGCUCCAGCAGCUGCAGAUGGAGAAGGAGAGGUUGAGACUGAAACACCAGGAGCUGCUCCGCACCAGACCACAGGAGCUUGCUUUGAGGAACCAACUGCCCACCAGUAUGGAGCAGGAUGGGGGAACCCUUAAUCCUGUGUCGUCCCCUGGGAUGGGCCAGGACGCCAGAAUCAUGACCACCAACAGCAAUGACCCAUUCCUCAACAGUGGGACCUACCACUCCAGGGAUGAGAGCACAGACAGCGGUCUGAGUAUGAGCAGCUACAGUGUCCCCCGUACCCCCGACGACUUCCUCAACAGUGUGGACAGUGUCCCCCGUACCCCCGACGACUUCCUCAACAGUGUGGACGGUGUGGACGAGAUGGACACAGGGGACUCCCUGCCGGUCUCCAUGGGAACACAGCCCAGUCGUUUCCCUGACUACCUGGACGUCAUCCCGGGGACAGAUGUAGACCUUGGCACGCUGGAGAACAAGAGCAUGGCCGUGGAGGGGGAAGAGCUAAUGCCUAGUCUACAGGAAGCCUUGAGCUCCGACAUCCUAAACGACAUGGAGUCAGUUCUGGCAGCCACCAAGAUGGACAAGGAGAACUUCCUCACAUGGUUAUAGACCAAGCCGUACCUGGGCCUGCUCACUGAUAAGCUAUAGUAUACAACAUCGGUUUACAAACUUUUUUUGCUUCUUGACCCACCAAUUGAGGUGGGUGUUUAGUCAUGACCCACCAAUUGAGGUGGGUAUUUAGUCAUGACCCACCACACGAUUUGAGCAGUGGAACAACAUGCUCUGACCCGCAGGUAUAUAGGAGAGAGGAGAGGAGCCUGGGAUGAGCUCCUAUGGGCUCUAUAGGAGAGACACUGCUCUUCACUCCUUUAGUCCACACGUUUACCUGCUGCCUAGUCAAACUCUCAGACCAGUGAACGAUGUGUAGUUGCCUUGAUUAAAACAAUCAUAUUUUCCUCCUUCCUGGAUAUGAAUGAUAUCUGUCAAUCAGGCAGCAUACAUGUUAACAUGGCCGACUGAGGCACUGCUAUUCUGUUGUUUCUAUAUCUUUAUUUUUGUUGUCUGUGUCUUCAAGGCUGGCCUGCGAACACACAGUUUAUUCAAAGGUCCCCGAAUCUUUUCACACGGCUGGCAUUCUCAAUCUGUCCAUCAUCUUUACCUGGUGCUUGUUUGUUUCUCUACCACGCCUUUACAUCUAGGGUGUCUUACCUGCUGGCCGGCAAGGCAAGGGGCUUGCUGCUCUCCUUAUCCCCCAACCCCCACAUCUGAUCUGGGUGGCUGCCUGCCUGUACUCCUCUCACCUCGGCCCCAGGCUUCCUGACAAUAGCAUUCAAGCAUUGUAUUAUCCUGCCUUGUUUUCUUUUAAUUCAUGUAUUUUAUAAAUGAUAUAUCUGAAGUUGUGUAAAGAACUGUAUUGAUUUGGAAGGUUAGUUUAGGUACGUUAGGUUAGGGCUUUGCCCCAAAUGGCACAUAUUCCUGACAUAGUACACUACUAUGGCCCCUGGUAGUAGUGCACUAGAUAAGGUAUAGGGUGCUAUUUGGGACCUAGGUUACACAAGCUGAAGUCCCAGUUAGGACAUGUUAGCUCUGUGUGGUGGUGAUGGGGGAUGGGCUGGAGCCUGGGCCGGGGACCUCAUAUACUAUACUAUACUCAGUGGUGGAAAAAGGACCCAAUUGUCAUACUUGAGUAAAAAGUAAAGAUACCUUAAUAGAAAAUAUCUCAAGUAAAAG